AAAGUCUCACAGAAGAGAGAUUAGAGGAGGCGGGGACAGUGAGGGAACCUUCCUGAUCUCCCGGCCGGAGGAUGGCGGUCUUUGCCCGCUUACUGGAGCGACUCGGAUGGGCUCGAGCUCAGGAGGUGGUGGAGGAGGAGGUCGAGGAGGAGUGCAGCCUCCCCGGCGCGUCUGGGAGCCUCCCGGCUGCGCCCCGGCCCCGGUGCUGGCAGAGGCUACACGGGGGUGCGGCGGCCGCAUCCGGCCUGCGCUUCGGGGCGAGCGCCAUGCAGGGCUGGCGCGCACGCAUGGAGGACGCGCACUGCGCUCGGCUGUCUUUGCCCGGGCUGCCAUCAGGAUGGGCUUUUUUCGCCGUUCUGGACGGCCACGGAGGAGCGCGGGCCGCGCGCUUCGGAGCGCGCCACCUCCCAGGUCACGUGCUAGGGGAACUAGGUCCUGCGCCCCUGGAGCCAGACGGCGUGCGCCAGGCUCUGCGUAGCGCCUUCCUGCACGCAGACGCGCAGCUGAGCGCGCUCUGGCCCCGCGGCGACCCCGGUGGCUCGACGGCUGUGGCUCUGCUUGUGUCUCCGCGAUUCCUCUACCUUGCGCACUGCGGGGACUCGCGCGCGCUGCUGAGCCGCUCGGGCUCUGUGGCCUUCUGCACCGAGGACCACCGUCCCCACCGGCCUCGGGAACGCGAACGCAUCCACGACGCCGGUGGCACAGUCCGUCGCCGGCGCGUGGAGGGCUCCCUGGCCGUAUCGCGAGCCCUGGGUGACUUCGCCUACAAGCAGGCACCGGGCAGGCCUCCUGAGCUGCAGCUCGUGUCCGCUGAGCCCGAGGUGACUGCGCUGGCACGCCAGGAUGAGGACGAGUUCGUGCUCCUGGCUUCUGAUGGCGUGUGGGACGCUCUGUCUGGUGCGGAUCUGGCUGGGCUAGUGGCGUCGCGCCUGCGUCUGGGCCUGGACCUGAAGCUACUCUGUGCGCAGCUGUUGGACACAUGUCUGUGCAAGGGAAGUCUGGAUAACAUGACCUGCAUGGUGGUCUGCUUCCCUGGGGCCCCCGGGCCCUGUGAGGAGGCAAUCAGCAAGGAGAAGGCUUUAAACGAAGCCCUGAUGCACAGAGUUGCUGAGCUGUAUGCCUCUGCUCAGGAGCCUCCAUGCCUGAACACGGUUUUCAGGAGCCUGGCCUCACAGGACAUCCCGGGCUUGCCUCCUGGAGGAGGGCUACACAGCAAGGCCACUGUCAUUGCUGAAGCUUACUCUAAACUGCAUCAUACCCCGGAGGAUUGUCAAGAGGUAAGGCAACCUGCGUACACCCUUGCCCGCCCCGCCUCACCCCUGCAACUCCAGCAGUUGAAGGACUGGACUACGUGUGACUCUGUUUGAAAACAACAACAACAACAACAAGGAAGAAAGAGAGAAUAAGGGCAGGUGUUGGAGAGAUGGCUCAGUGGUUCCGUGGUUAAGAGCAUCUGUUGCUGUUGCAGAGGACUCAAGUUUAUCUCCUAGAAUCCAUAUGGCUGAUAACUCUAGUCCCAAGGGAUCGAUCACCCCCAUCUGGCCUCUGCACACAUGCAGUGUACUUAUACAUACAUGCAAGCAAAAACACCCAUACACUUAACAUUUUUUUAUUAAUUAAAUGUAAAAAGAAAGAAAAACCAGGGGGCGGGAGAAAUGGCUCCGUGGUUAGGAGCACUGACUGCCCUUCUGUAGUAGGAUCUGGUGCCUGAAGACAUGCAUGCAACAGUGCACUCAUAUAUUUACAAUAGAGAAACCUUUAAAAAUAAAAACGAAAAACCAGAAAUAAAAUAAAGAACACAGACGGGAGGCUUGCAGAAGGCCGGGCUGGGUUGCUUCUCUCUCCCACGUUUGUGUUUCAGAAGAGGUGAGGUGGGGCAGAAGCCCUUGAGCUCAGGCCUGACUGACAGCACCCGUCCUCCAGACCAUCUGCACAUCUCGGGGAAAUCUGUGCUUCCCUACCGGACAGUCGGGGCGGAAAGCCCGCGGAGGACGGGCCUGGACUCUGUUUCCUCUUCUGCUUCUCCCUCAGCGUCUCAUGAGGGGGAAUUCCACCCUCUCCCAACAGCAGAAAACCCAACCCAACCCCCUCGACUUCUCCCCCUUAACAUUUAAAGCCAAGCAGAUCUUACGUGUUCAGCAUAACAGCCCUUCUGGUUUCUUUGUUUUUUUUAACCUAUGCUACAAGGAGGUGGUGAUAGAUGUGUUUAUGAAAUUUUACUUAAUAAAAGUAAUCCCAUUGCA